UUGUCAACAUCUUAAGCCCGGCUCCUCUAAACGCGUUGGGAAUGUUAGCCAACGGCGGGAUGGCAAACAUGCAGACUCGACCUGGCAUGCCGGACCUACAACAGAUGUUAGCUAGAGCGAGUUUCUUGCGAAAGAAUCCUACUGAACAAAAAUCACCGACCGAGCUGGAAAAUCUUCUGAAACAGAUUCAGGCAGUGGCGCCUAUACAACUGCAGGCUCAACAGAACUCGCAGAUUAAACAUCAUUCGCAGUCUCAAGCUGAGGUAUCAUUUACUCCAGACCAGAUCAACGUCUUACGCGCCCAAAUACAUGCGUUUAGACUGCUUUCUCGAGGGGUUCCCCUUCCCGAAGGGCUUCAUCAAGCUGUGCAACUUAACAGUACCAUUAUCCCCGAUCUUGAGAAGCUCCUUCAACCCCCAGACUCAUCUUCACGCAUCGUGGAUAGCGCCGUCAAAAUAUCCAAAGCCCCUGAUGUUGCUCUCAAAACCGAGGAGCAGGCGGUCGUGCUGCCUAUCAACCCAGCAGAUAUGCCGAAAGGCCCUUUCCUCGAAGACGAUGUCAAUUCUGGUAUCUAUCCUUACAAUUCCUACCGCCAUCCGUUCUCACAACUGAAGCGUCAUGCCGAAAUGGACCCUACCUUAUUUGCCACCCGUCUUCAACGUCUCCUUGUUCCUACCAUCAUGCCUCCAGGGCUCGACGCCCAGCAGAUCCUCAAUGAACGGGAUCGCUACAUCGACGCUCGAAUUCAGCAGCGAAUGCGUGAGCUCGAAUCUAUUCCAGCCACAGUUGGAGACGAGAGUUUUGAGAAUGACAUUGUUGAAGAGUUUAUGCCUGAUACUAACUCGCCUCUCUCGUUUCCUUCCACGUCUCAUGGCAAAUUGACUGCCCUCAUUGAACUCAAAUCCCUUCGCCUUAUCGAAAAACAGCGUACGAUGCGUGCUCUCGUCGCUGAACGACUCACUCAUGGUUCACUUGUUCCUCUGAAUCGUCCUGACUUCCGUCGUACACGCAAACCAACGAUCCGUGAUGCACGUAUGACAGAACAGCUCGAGCGCAAGCAACGUCUCGAUCGUGAACGACGCGCUAAACACAAGCAUGUCGAACAACUCACUGUCAUCUGUAAUCAUGGUCGCCAGGUGAUUGAGGCCAACCGAGCCGCGCAGGAUCGUCUCACUCGACUCGGUCGUUCCGUGCUCAAUUUUCAUGUUCAGACUGAGAAGGAAGAACAAAAGCGCAUUGAACGCAUUUCGAAAGAACGUCUGAAGGCGCUCAAAGCAGAUGACGAGGAGGCAUAUAUGAAACUCAUUGAUACUGCGAAAGAUACCCGAAUUACCCAUCUUCUUCGGCAAACAGAUACUUUCCUUGAUUCUCUUGCACAAUCUGUAAUGGCUCAGCAGAACGAGGGUGCAGGUUUGCGUGAUUUCGAAAUGGAGGACGCGCCCGCCUCAGAGGCAACUUUCGGCGCUCAGGUUAGUACGGACGAACCUCAAGAUAAAACCAAGGUCGACUACUACGCGGUCGCACAUAGAAUUUCUGAGAGAGUCACUCGCCAGCCCUCCAUCCUCGUUGGAGGCACCUUGAAGGAAUAUCAGUUAAAGGGCUUACAAUGGAUGGUCAGUCUGUACAACAAUAAACUGAAUGGAAUCCUGGCCGACGAAAUGGGUCUGGGAAAAACCAUUCAGACUAUUUCCCUCAUCUCUUUUCUUAUCGAAUCCAAAAAUCAGCGUGGUCCUUACCUCGUCAUUGUUCCUCUUUCUACCAUGACCAAUUGGUCCGGGGAGUUUGCCAAAUGGGCUCCAGCCAUCAAGGUCAUCUCCUACAAAGGCAAUCCCGCUCAACGCAGAGCGUUGCAAGGAGAUCUUCGCGUGGGGGGAUUUCAUGUCCUGCUGACGACUUACGAGUACAUCAUCAAAGACCGCCCUGUUUUGAGUAAAAUGAAGUGGUUGCAUAUGAUCAUCGACGAGGGUCAUCGCAUGAAAAAUACGCAAUCCAAGCUCGCUCAAACUCUCACCACCUACUAUCAUUCCCGCUUUCGUCUCAUCCUCACCGGAACUCCCCUGCAAAACAACCUACCCGAGCUCUGGGCUCUGCUCAACUUUGCUUUGCCAAAGGUCUUCAAUUCUGUGAAAUCAUUCGACGAGUGGUUCAAUACCCCAUUCGCUAACAGCGGUACCGGCGACAAAAUCGAGCUCAACGAAGAGGAAGCGCUUCUGAUUAUCCGUCGUUUACAUAAAGUACUUCGGCCAUUCUUGCUUAGACGUCUAAAGAAGGAUGUAGAAAGCGAAUUGCCUGAUAAGGUCGAAAAGGUCAUCAAGGUCCGCAUGAGCGCUCUUCAAAGUCAACUUUACAAGCAAAUGAAAAAGUAUAAGAUGAUCGCAGACGGUAAAGGGAAGAGCGGAGGUGUAAAAGGUUUGAGCAAUGAGCUCAUGCAACUCCGCAAAAUAUGCCAGCACCCGUUCUUAUUCGAGAGUGUUGAAGACAAAGUAAACCCCAGUGGCAUGAUAGACGAACGUAUUGUUCGUACUUCUGGUAAACUUGAGCUCUUGAAUCGAGUACUGCCGAAAUUCUUUGCUACCGGACAUAGAGUCCUUAUCUUCUUUCAAAUGACCAAAGUCAUGGACAUCAUGGCCGACUUUCUGAGAUACCUAGGUGUCAAGUUCCUGCGGCUGGAUGGAGGUACAAAAACGGAGGAGCGUGCCUCCUUCGUCACUCUCUUCAAUGCCAAAGGAUCGGAAUAUAAAGUCUUCAUUCUCUCCACUAGGGCUGGUGGUCUUGGUCUAAACUUGCAAACCGCUGAUACCGUUAUCAUCUUUGAUUCCGAUUGGAACCCUCAUGCCGACCUUCAGGCUCAAGAUCGUGCCCAUCGUAUUGGUCAAACAAAGGCCGUCUUAAUUCUUCGUUUCAUAACUGAGAAGAGUGUAGAAGAAGCAAUGUAUCAACGUGCACGAUACAAGCUCGAUAUUGACGACAAAGUCAUCCAAGCUGGUCGAUUUGACAAUAAAUCUACGCAAGAAGAGCAAGAAGAAUUAUUGCGGUCUAUUCUGGAAGCCGAUCAAGAGGAAGAUAAUGAAGAAGCAGGGGAUAUGAAUGAUGACGAGUUGAAUGCCCUUAUUUCACGUAGCGACGAGGAGGCUGAAAUUUUCCGAGAGAUGGACAUCAAACGUGAACGAGAUGCCAUAGAGAACUGGAGGGCCAUGGGCAAUCGUGGGAAGCCUCCACAACCAUUAGUACAGCUCGAAGAGUUGCCAGAGUGUUACCAGACAGAUGAGCCAUUUGACUCAAAAGAUGCGGAAGAACUUGUCGAAGGUCGUGGACAAAGAAAGAGGAAUGUCGUAAGCUACAAUGAUGGUCUUGAUGACGAUACGUGGGCUAUGGCAUUAGAAGACGGCGAGGAUCUUCAAGAGUUAACUGAUAAGACUAGAGAAAGGAAGGAAAGACGAGCCACCAAUAAACUCCUGAAAGAAGCCGAAGUGUCAAAUCGCGGUACUCCUGCCUCUGAUACGGAAUCUCGAGGACGAAGAGGAAGGAAGGCAAAAUCAAAGUUGAAUCACGACGAACUUGCUGUUGGCUCGAAACGAAAACGGGGCGCGAUGAAAUCCAUGUCUGUCACCCCUUCAAUUGCUGAAGACGACGAUGACGAUGACGAAAGGGAUCAGAAAAGACGAAAAACCAAGGCUUCCGAACCAUCCCCAGCCCUGCGUGAGAAGAUGAAGAAGGCUUUCAACGAGUGUUACAAAGCAGUUCUGGCUUGUGAAGCUGAAGAGGGCCGAAAACGUUGUGAACUUUUCAGAGAAGUACCUGACAAGAGAGACUAUCCAGACUACUAUCAGCUUAUCAAGCAGCCUAUCGCCCUAUCUCAAAUACGAAAACGUAGCCAAGGGAACUUCUACAAGGAUGUUCUUCAGUACAAAUCUGACUGGAAACUCAUGUUCAACAAUGCUCGCACUUACAAUCAAGAGGGAUCCUGGGUUUACAAUGAUGCUGAGGAAAUGGAGAAGGUCUUCAAUGCGGCAUAUGACAGGGUCAUAAGCGGUUCAAGUCUACCUGGGGCGAUGUCUACAGCUUCGGGAAGCGGCUCGAAUGCAGGCUCAUAUGAUUCAGCACUAACGCCAAUGGAUGACGACGAGCGUCCGCCUCCUCCGCUUAAAUCGAGAGGUUCAGGAAGGAAGCAGGUGCUCAGCGAUGAGGAGUAUCUCACUCCUAGUGAUGAUGAAUGAGUGAACCGUGUUUUGCUGCCCUGUAAUUUUAUCGUUCUUUCUUUAUUAUCGAUUGUGUAUGUAG